CAGGUAUUUACAUGUUGCCUACAGAGUCCUAGAGGUCUCUGGAUCCUAUUCUUCUCCCUCGGAUCACCUAAAAUGCUCCUGAUCGGCCAAGAGACUCUGAACUAUUAUCUCAAGGGGCUGCUGGGGACUUCAGGCUGCUAAUCAUGGCUUUCCACAGGCACACAGGGCCUGGCAGUUACACCGUGGGCACCAUGUCGGAGCGCUUUGACUGCCACUACUGCCGAGACCCCCUGCAGGGGAAGAAGUACGUGCAGAAGGAGGGACGUCACUGCUGCGUCAAGUGCUUCGAGAAGAUCUGCGCCAACACCUGCACCGAGUGCAAGAAACCCAUCGGAGCUGACUCCAAGGAGCUGCAUUUCAGGAACCGCUACUGGCACGACAGCUGCUUCCGCUGCUUCAAGUGCUACACGUCCUUGGUCAACGAGCCCUUCAUGCUGAGGGAGAACAACAAGGUCUGGUGCAGCAAUUGCACUGCUGCUGAGGAUGCACCCAGGUGUAAGGGCUGCUUCAAGCCUAUCAUUGCAGGAGACCAAAAUGUGGAGUACAAGAAGAUGGUCUGGCACAAGGACUGUUUCACCUGCAGCCAGUGCAAGCAAGUGAUUGGAUCUGGGAGCUUCUUCCCCAAGGGUGAUGAAUUCUACUGUGUCUCCUGCCAUGAGCAUAAGUUUGCCAAGACCUGUGCUAAAUGCAAGAAUCCCAUCACUUCUGGAGGCCUCACUUACCAGGAGCAGCCUUGGCAUUCUGAGUGUUUCAUUUGCUCCAACUGCAAGAAGCCGCUGGGUGGGAAGCGCUUCACAGCCGUGGAGGAUGAGUUCUACUGUGUUGAAUGCUACAAGGAGUGUGUAGCCAAGAAGUGUGCUGGCUGCAAGAAUCCCAUUACAGCAGGAUUUGGAAGAGGAACCAGUGUGGUUAACUAUGAAGGUGAAUCCUGGCACGAUUAUUGUUUCAAGUGCACCAAGUGUUCCCGUGGCCUGGCCAACAAGCGCUUUGUUUGCCACAACGGGAAGAUUUACUGUGCUGAGUGUCCCAAACGGCUGUGAGGAGCAGACAGCAGCUGCUGUCACAUGGAUUUUACAGGCCUGGGGAAAGGAGCAGGGUUUUGGGUUUUUUUGCAUGUUAAGAAUUUUAACCUUUUUUCCAUUCUAGUAUAAAAACUAAAGUAGCCUCAACAUACUGGGUGGGGCUUCUGAAGCUCCUGCAGCCCAAAAGCUUGUAGUGUUGCAUAAAUCUAACUUUGCUUUCAAGUAACUCUUAGUGUCAAGGCUUGAAAUGCUGUUAGAUUUUCAAGAUCCACAUACUAUAUAAUCUAAGUGUGCCUUCAGCUAAAACAAAACUAGUUUUAACCCUCUCUGGUGUACAUCUAAUCUUGGCACUUAAAUGAAGUGGGUUUGACACUCCAACCGGAGAUGCACAGACUGCAUUUGGGAUCAGAGGAGCUCAUGACACUGUUUUUACAAGUUCAUUACAUACAUCAAACUACUAACAGCAGCUCAGUAAUCAAUACCUUACCCUGCCACACCAAACUGCAGCACAUUGUACUGGAAUGGCUUUAUCCUAUGUAUACCAAAGGCCUGGCAGGAUGAUUUAGCUUUAGUUAAGUAGCUAUAAACUGAUUUUAGUCUUUAUUCCUGCAUGGUUUGCCCAAAAGUUUUGCUCAACAGCUUUUUUUACAUCAUUGUUUAAAUGAAGCUAUCUAUAUGCAAUUAUUAAGCCAUUAACAAGAAGGAAACCUUUUGACUACAACAAAAUGCACAUGCAGUUAGAAGUGCCUUAAAAAAAUAACACAAACCAGCUCAGCCAACAAUAGCUCUCCUAUCGUGUCAGUGUAUGUUUUAUGGUUUAAUAAAAAUGAGACUAGUGCCUGCUUGGA